AUGGAACAUGACCUUUCGCAAACUCCCGGGGCAAAGAUCCAUUCACUGGCUCUGUUAUUUGAUGUGAUGGAAAUAUCGCAAAAACGUUUCUUUUACGAGGCUCUCCAGUCAGACGGAGACCUGCGUCGUCUUGUUGGACAUGCAAGUGUUUUCGACAAUAUCCUUGACUCCGUUUCCGACGAUCAGAAAGGAGAAGAGAUUAUGGAUGACAUAAUGAAGUCGACCAUCCCUAGAGCUCUACAAAGUGUGUCUUUUGCCUUUGACAACGACGAAGUGGCUCAAACAAUAUCACGUUAA